GGAGCGAAGCCGGGACCGCCACAAGCCGCGCAGUAAAGACAGCCGCUCCGAAAAGUCUGUAACAAUCAACACGCCGCCUGCAGAGCCGCUGCUGGGAGACUCGGCCGUUCGGGGUGAGCAGGUCCAGGAUGACAACUGGGGCGAGACCACCACAGCCGUCACCGGCACAUCAGAGCACAGCCUCUCUCAGGAGGAUAUUGUUCGCAUCACCAAAGACCUGGAGGACAGCGUGGGGCUCGACUGCCGCCGCUACUUCACCCUGACCCUCGCCGUGAUCCUGGGGCUCCUGGUGUUCCUGACGCCGCUGGCCUUCCUGGUGCUCCCCCACCUCCUGUGGCCGGAGAAGCUGCAGAGCUGCGGCACGGCCUGCGAGGGCCUCUUCAUCUCCGUGGCCUUCAAGCUGCUCAUCCUGCUGCUGGCCGUGUGGGCUCUCUUCUUCAGGUCGCCACGGGCCGGCCUCCCGCGGGUCUUCGUCUUCAGGGCGCUGCUCUCCGUGCUGGUGCUGCUCUUCGUUGUCUCCUAUUGGCUGUUCUACGGAGUGAGAAUACUUGACUCUCAGGACGAGAACUACCAGGGAAUCGUGCAGUACGCCGUGUCGCUGGUGGACGCUCUGCUCUUCAUCCACUACCUGGCCAUCGUCCUGCUGGAGCUCCGGCAGCUCCAGCCGUGCUUCUCUGUGUGCGUCACCCGCUCCACGGACGGAGAGAUGAGGCACUACAACCUGGGGCAGCUCAGCGUCCAGCGGGCAGCUCUGGCCGUCUUAGAGCACUACUACUGCGACUUCUCAGUCCACAACCCGGCGCUGCUCUCCGCCUCCAAGUCACGGGCCGCCAAGCACCUGGCCGGCCUCAAGGUCUACAACGUGGAUGGUGAGUUCCCAGCAGCCCCGGCUGAGGGUGAGUGGGAUACUCUUUGAACUCCAUGUUGUGUGUGUGUGCUUUUGGUUUCUCUGUGUUACAGAAUAUAAGUUUAUUAUUUACUUG